AUGCCUCUUUUUUCUAUAAGCAUAAUUUUGGGGAUCCUGCCCCUUGGCUCUAGCCAGUUUCCUCGGGCAUGUGCCAACUCAGACAACUUGCUGAGAAAGGAGUGUUGUCCACCUUGGCCUGGCGAUGGUUCCUCUUGUGGGGAGCUUUCAGGCAGGGGUUCUUGCAGAGAGAUCCUUCUUUCAGAUGCCCCUCUUGGUCCUCAGUUCCCUUUUUCUGGAGUGGAUGACAGAGAGGACUGGCCUGCUGUGUUUUACAAUAAGACAUGUGAGUGCUCAGGCAACUUCAUGGGAUACAACUGUGGAGAUUGCAAGUUCAACUUUGGGGGGCCCAACUGCACUGAAAGAAAACUACGAGUAAGGAAAGACGUCUUCAAGCUCAACUCCAGAGAACACUACCAGUUCCUUGCCUAUCUCAAUUUGGCAAAACAUACAACCAGCCGGGAUUUUGUCAUUGCCGCUGGAACAUAUGCCCAAAUGAACAAUGGCACCACUCCGAUGUUCCAAGACACCAAUGUCUAUGACCUUUUUGUCUGGAUGCAUUAUUAUGUGUCUCGAGACACACUUCUUGGAGACACCAAGGUCUGGCGGGAUAUUGAUUUUGCACAUGAAGCUCCAGGUUUUCUUCCUUGGCAUCGGCUUUUUUUGCUCCUAUGGGAACAUGAGAUCCAGAAGCUUACUGGGAAUGAAGAUUUCACCAUCCCCUACUGGGACUGGAGAGAUGCUGAAGGCUGUGACAUCUGUACAGAUGAGUACAUGGGGGGCAGACAUCCCAGUAAGCCCAACCUAUUGAGCCCAGCCUCCUUCUUCUCUUCAUGGCAAGUCAUCUGCAGCCAAUCAGAAGAGUACAAUAGCCGCCAAGAACUUUGUAAUGGAACGAGUGAAGGGCCUAUCCUUCGAAAUCCUGGGAAUCAUGAUAAAGGAAGAACUCCUCAUCUUCCGACAUCAGCUGAUGUUGAAUUCUGCUUAAGUCUGACGCAAUAUGAAACUGGGACGAUGGAUAAAAUGGCUAACUUCAGCUUCCGGAAUACUUUGGAAGGCUUUGCAAGCCCAAGUACUGCAAUAUCAAAUUUGUCACAGAGUGGUCUACACAAUGCACUGCACAUUUACAUGAAUGGCUCCAUGUCCCAGGUCCAGGGUUCAGCCAAUGAUCCUGUCUUCAUCCUGCACCAUGCCUUUGUUGACAGCAUUUAUGAACAGUGGCUCCGAAGACAUAAGCCCCUGCGUGAUGUCUACCCUGAGGCCAAUGCUCCUAUUGGACACAACCGGGAAUAUUACAUGGUCCCAUUCAUUCCACUCUAUAGGAAUGGGGAAUUCUUCAUUUCAUCCAAAGAACUGGGUUAUGACUACGAAUACCUCUUGGAACCAGAUGCCUCCCCUUUUCAGACUUUCUUCAUCCCUUACUUGGAACAAGCUCGUCAAAUCUGGCCAUGGUUAGUUGGAGCUGGUGUGAUUGGUGCCCUAAUAUCAAUGACAAUCAGUGGACUCAUCACACUAGGAACUCGAAAGAAGAAAAGAAUCUUGGAAGAGGCCCAACCUUUACUCAUGGAGGGUGAAAAUUAUCAGCAUGUUACAUAUCAGUCACACUUAUAA